CACGAAUAUUAUAGAAGAUAUUACUUUUAAACGACAACACUAAAUCUUUCUCAAGAUGGCAUCAACGGCUAUUGACAAUACACUCCCCAGCGCUGGCAUGGUCAUCUCAUCCAAGCUGGAUAGUCAGCCUGCCAAACCCAGCAUCAUCGACAUCCGCCAGGGUAAAGCAGAACUCUGCAUGCAUGAUGAGAUUAUCCAAGGACUCCAAACAGACGAAGGAACCGAACGGACGCUUCCGACCAUGCUGCUCUAUGACGAGAAGGGGCUGCAGCUGUUCGAGGCCAUAACUUUUCUUGACGAGGUUAUACCAGACUCCAGCUGGACACAAUAACACUUUUGACGCACUCCAAGAAGCCCACUCCUGACACUGUCCAGUACUACCUGACCAAUGUCGAAAUUGAGGUCCUAGAGACUUCCGCCAUCGACAUCGUGCGCCGGAUCCAGCCAAACUCCAUGCUCGUCGAACUGGGGAGCGGGUGCUUUUCCUUUCCUCAUCCAUGCAAGCCAUUUGCCAUAACGAGAGGCUGACAAUAGAUUUUAUAGUAACCUGCGCAAGACCUGCAUCCUUCUCAACGCCCUCGAGAGACUCGCCCGGCCAUGUCGCUUCUUUGCUCUCGAUCUCUC